UCAUUUCAACUUUUGAGUGCGACGAGUCAGUGUCUGCUGCUGCUCUUGGCGUAGUUACAUUCGAAUCUCAAUCUCUGAAUCCGUUCAAACGGAGACCGACUCGUCCUCUGAACACUUUUUUGCAAUCAUAUUCGCGUCUCGAGCAUCGCAUCGCGUCGUGUGUGCUUUAUCAAAUUCAAUUUGAAUACUACAUAUUUAAUUUAGUGUGCAACACAAAAACACACGAGCAACUUUGCAUUUGCUCUUGGAAUCAUUUUGUGCAACCAAUUCGAACAGCAUUCAGUUUCAGCCAAAGCUACGUGAUCAACGCUCUACAAUUUGCCGUCGUGCCAUUCGCUCCCAGUCUAUCAAUCUCAAUCUCAAUCUCACUGAAACCAGUUCGAUCAAGGGAUUACAAAACGCUAGGGAUUAUCAAUCAUAGCAGAUAGAAGUGGAAGAGACAGACCAAAAAGAUCAACAAACCUGAGAAGAAAGCGGCAUACGAAGUGAAGAAGAAGAAGAACAGCACAAAUCCAAAAACUAUUUUUACUUGCAACACACAAAAGACGCGGCUAUAUAAUCGAGCAGAUUUAUAUAGCAUCGGCGCUAAAAUGGGACAUCUUACACGACACAGUUGCCUCUUGGCCCUCGCAUUGUGCCUGGUCUUCAACACACAGCAUCUGGCGGUGCAUGGCGAUGCGUCACACAUUGAAUCGGCAGCGUUGCCGCUGGAACACAGAGCUGGCUACGGACCACCGGCGCCCUCGCCCAUCUACGGAGCACCACAGGGACCACUGAGCACCGGGGCAACCAACGAUCUGUCCGAGGAGGCCUGGCCACUGGCGAGCACCAACGACAGUCCACAGAUCAAGCAUCUGCAGGUACAGUGCGAGAAGACGCACAUGCGGGUGAACAUUGAAUUCGAUCGUCCCUUCUACGGCAUGAUCUUCUCGAAGGGCUUCUACAGUGAAUCGCAUUGUGUGCACAUGCAACCGGGCACCGGACAUCUGAGCGCCACCUUUGAGAUCUUCCUGAACAGCUGCGGCAUGAGCAGCUCGGCUAAUCACAAUGCUGCUGGCUAUGGAGCGCCAACGCCCUCGGGCAGCUAUGUGGAGAACACGAUCAUCAUCCAAUACGAUCCCUAUGUGCAGGAGGUGUGGGAUCAGGCACGCAAACUCCGCUGCACCUGGUACGAUUUCUACGAGAAGGCUGUGACCUUCAGACCCUUCCAGGUGGACAUGUUGCACGCUGUCACCGCCAACUUCUUGGGCGACAAUCUGCAGUGCUGGAUGCAAAUCCAGGUGGGCAAGGGACCUUGGGCCUCCGAGGUGUCGGGCAUUGUGAAGAUCGGACAGACGAUGACAAUGGUGUUGGCUAUCAAGGAUGAUGAGAACAAGUUCGAUAUGUUGGUGCGCAACUGCGUCGCUCACGAUGGCAAACGUGCUCCCAUUCAGCUGGUCGAUCAAAACGGUUGCGUUGUGCGUCCCAAGAUCAUGAGCAAAUUCCAGAAGAUCAAGAACUUUGGCCCCUCAGCUUCCGUUGUGAGCUUCGCGUACUUCCAGGCCUUCAAGUUCCCCGACUCGAUGAACGUGCACUUCCAGUGUGUGAUCCAAGUGUGCCGCUACAACUGCCCCGAACCCAAGUGCGGACCUGGCUUGCCAGGCGGUGAAUACGGACUUCCUCAGCUCGGCGGCAACGGACUGUCCGAGGAGUAUGGACCACCAGAGGCCUAUGAACGCAACGACUUUGCCUUGGGCGGUUUGCCACCAGCAGCUUAUCCCGAUCCACGUCACCCAGCAGCAGAUGCCAGCGGCGCUUACUCCGAGAAUCAACCCGAUGUGGUGCCCUCGCCUCAGGCACAAACCUCAGCGGUGACCACAGCCGAGUCAGCAGCGGGCAGCGGACCAGCCAGCUCACAGGCGCCUCAGCAGCAGCAGCAGCAGGCACAGCAGCAAUCGCAACAGCAGCAACAGGGCAACAGCAAUGAGCUGGGCAUGCCACCACCACCACUGCCUGGCCAGCCCGGACAGUACAGCACUGUGAAGCGUAAGGAUGAUCUGAGUGCUGGCGGCAAUCUGGUUUCGCUGGGCGGACGUCCUCGCUCCGUUGAGGGUUUGGAUGAUUUGCGUGGCGUGCGCAGGCGUCGUGAUACCAUGGAGAUUGUGGUUAAGCCACGCAUCUACAAGAGGAAUGCCCAAGAGAUGACCGAUGUGAACACGAGUCGCAUCAUUCAGGUGGUUGCACCGGGUGACGUGAACUUCGCCCUGAACAGCAAUGCCAGCAAUGAGACCGUUGUCAUACAAUCGGCGCGUUCAGCGGAUGCGGAAACCAUUUGCAUGUCGGUGCCCAGUUUCGUGGGUGGCCUCGUGAUGCUGCUGCUCGUCUUGGCCGUGGCCUCUCUAGUCGCCGCCUUCCUCUUUGUGCGCGUCCGUCACUUUGAUCGCAAGGGUGCGGGCAUGGCCUAUGUCAACUAAAAAUCCUCACCUCAUCUCUAACUCAUCCAUUAGGUAUCAUUAUUGCACCAUCAGAAAACCAAAUCAGUUUUAUGUGCAUCAUCAUCUCUAUCUCUAUCGCUUUUUGCUCCCUCUAUUUAUUUAUUCUUUUGGUUAUUUAUUCUCACUCUUCUAUUAACUUUCAUCAUCAAUCCAAUCAAUUCCAAGGUCGCCUUAUCUUAUCACAAUUAUUUAGGUUUAAUCGGUCAAGCGAAAAAGCAAAAAAAGAAAGAAUAUGAAACGAAUUCAACGAAACUGUGACGUCAUUUCUCUCAUUGUCAGAUUUGUUAAGUUUCAGUUAUAUACAUUAAUAUAUGCUAUCGAAAUUACGCGUAGAAACAACAAAAGAAAACAAAAACAUGUUAUCAUAAAAGGCACAGCGGCAUUAAUGGAAAAGCUGAAAAUCGUUUACAAUAAGUUAAUAUAGCAGAUGUAUAUAUUAAAUUAUUUAUUUAUUACUUUAUCUGAUAGCUGCGAAAUAAUAAAAAGUUUA